AUGAGUGGCCUAGAUGCGGCAGCCAAAAAUGGCUUUUUGAGUGGAGAGCUAAGUAGCCCUGCGGGGGAGAAGGCUCUAGAAGCCUGUGGUGCAGGGAGGUCGGGGUCUCAGACUGCUGGCAAGGGCGCCGAAGUGACAACUGAAAAGUGCGCCAUUUUUUCGGUAGUAGCAGAUGAGGAGGAGAGGGCUGAGGUGAUAGAGGAGAAGGAGGUAGAGAAGAAAGGAGUGAAGGAGAAGGCGGUGGUGGAGGAAGAGAUAGAAGUGGAGGAGAAGCCAGUAGUUGAAGAAAUGGAAGUAGAAGAAAAUAAGGUGAUAGAAGUGGUGAAGGAGGAUGCAGGGCCCAGGCCCCUGAAUGUGGCUCUCCGCAUGAAACCCCCGGAAGCUAUCCAGCAGGAACUGGACACUGUGAAAGCUCAGGCCCACAGGGCCUUCCUCCAACUGGAGCACAGCUUUGGGCGGAUGCGUCAACACUGCCUGGGGCGGAGGAACUUCAUCAUUCAGAAUAUCCCAGGCUUCUGGGCCACAGCCUUUCGGAACCACCCACAUCUCUCUGCUACGAUUAGGGGCCAAGAUGCGGAGAUGUUAAGGUACAUGACUAAUUUGGAAGUGAAAGAGCUCAGAUACCCUAGGGCAGGCUGCAAGUUCAAGUUCUUUUGGAGAAACCCCUACUUCAGAAACAGGCUAAUUGUCAAAGAAUAUGAGGUCAAUUCCUCUGGUCAAGUAGUGUCUCUUUCCACUCCGAUUAUAUGGCACCGAGACUGUGAACACCAGUCCUUCAUUCGCAGGCAUCUAGACGUCGUCAGCAGCUUCUUCACCUGGUUUUCAGGCCACAGCCUUCCAGAGUCUGACAGAAUUGCUAAGAUUAUCAAAGAAGACCUGUGGCCGAAUCCAUUACAGUACUACCUGUCGCAUGAAGAGGCCCAUAGAGUCAGAAGUUGCCCAGUAAGGGAGCCAGUGGAGAUCCCCAGGCCCUUUCGGUUCCAUUCUGGUUUAUCCCUGCCCUUGGAAAUAUCCUGCACAAAGUCGCCUACCACUUCCUGCCAGAUCUGUGCUUGUGCAACAGCAAUGGGCGGAAGCACGGAGAUUUCUGUGCAGGACAAAAUGUCUGCGGGGAUCGUGGAGGGGAUCCGCGUUCGCCGACUCCCAGCCGCUGUCUGGCUCCCACCGCGCUGCGUGGGUGAUGGGGUGAGUGUGGGCCGCGGGAAUGGCGGACGCGCGGCGGGCCGGGGCAGGAGGUUGGCGCGCGGAGGUCGUGGAAUGCGGCCAAGUUUUGAUCUCUUCUCUAUUCUCUAUGUUGGUGUUCAGGAAGAUCACACUGAGAUAGAACUUCUUCAGGUUGUGAUAGACAACUCGGUGAAUGUUAUACUCUGCAGAGCAGGGCAGGAAACGGAUACCGAAGCAGGAGUGUCCCAGAGACAUGAACAUCAUGAUCGUUUGAAUGUCUGUGUGAGGGCCCCCAAGGCCUCAGUAUCAAGGAGCUUUGCCUUUGCCGAAACCUUCCGCAGUGUAGACACCUGUAGUGGAAUUCACUCAAAUGCAUGA